AUGAAGUUUUCCGGAGCAGCAUUGGCUGCACUAGCCUCACUUGUGUCCGGCACCGAGUGCAAGAGCAGCGGCAGCGGCAGCGGCAGCGGCAAUAACACGCUUACCGUGGACACGGCGCCGGACUUUGUGCGUCCCUAUGUGCUGCCGCGUUUCCACGGCAAGGCCGUCAUGCUCACCAAGACGCAAACCAUUACCUUUUCUAUCACCUCCAACUCUUCCGGCGGCGCCUUCACCCUGGUGCAGCACAACGGCAAGGUAACCACCUGGCUGAACGCGCGCCCUCACGUACACAAGACGUACCAUGAGCACUUUUACUGCUCCCGCGGCCGUGUCGAGCUCUGGACCAAGGAAAACACCACCAGCGGCGAGGAAGAGGCCCGCGUCGCCAGCUUUGGCGACUACGGCAACGUCCCGCCGGGCGUCAUCCACACUUUCCAGCUCAUCGACCCGGACUCGCAGCUGACGCACGCCUUUCACCCGGCGGGCUUCGAGAAGCUGUUUGACGACGUGUCGGGCGGCCAGUUUGCGUCGGGCGUGCACGCGCCGUACGUGCCGGACCCCGUCGACGAGCAGCCGUACGGGCCCAUGACGCCGGAGCUGCACGCGCUGUUUGAGCCGCUGGAUCUGUACGCCGUGCCCGAGCAGCAGUACAUUCCGCGCCGCGACUUUGUCAACGGCACGGCGAGCUCCGAGGGCCUAAACUGGCACAACGGCACCAACGAGCUGCCGACGGACAAUACGAAGCCGUACUUUGUCGCAAACAACUACGGCCCCAAGUUCCUCAACACGGACAAGGGCUACAAGGUCAUUCAGCCCAUUUCGACGGUGGACAACUCGCACAACCACAACUUUACCAUGGGCACCAUCAUCAUGUCCCCGAAGCGCGACAACGAGACCGAGGAGCACGUUACCCUGCCCCACCACCUUGGUAUUCAGAUGGACGACGGCCAGCUCGUGCUGUCUGUCGAGGGCUACAAGAAGACAUAUCUCCUGCAGGGCGAUGUUGCCUUUAUCCCCGCCGGCACGCCCUUUAGCUACCACGCUACCGUGCCUUUUACCAAGUUUCUCUAUCUCAAUGCAGGCCCGCACGGUCUCGAGUACGAGCUGCUGAAUCGCAGCGUCUCGUGGGGGUUCCCCUCUUACCCCGUCGAUGCUGGAUUCAAGGCCGUCCCUUGA